AGUAUGAGUGUAAGUAUAUACUUAAUCUAAAGUUUGGUUUAUGCACUCGAAACAUUAAACUAAGCAUCCUUGUUGAUAAUUUUUUGGGUAAUUAUAAAUUACUUGUUAACCUAUAGAAACUCCCUGAUACGUCUUUUUUAUCAUUUAAAUCUGGAAAGCUUUUGACAGUGUCUAUCAGUGUUUUAUCAUAUAAAGGACAUUGCUUUUACCCAUUUUUCUGAUAUCAGUUUUAAAAAUAAAACACCACGGUGGAAAUCGGCGCAAUUACGUGAAUAAUAUUUCCAUAACCAAAGAAAAAGGAUGUUGUAAACAAAACAAUACCACAAAUACAGACUAACCUAACGUAUUCUGUGCACAUAACCUCACAAAAUUAAGGAAUUAAACUAAGAAGUUAAAAGUUGGAGAACUCUUGGUUUAAUUUUAAUUCACUCUUAAUUUUCUGCAUGAACUACAAGUACCAUUUCAGUGUCUUCCAACUAGUAAUGGUAAUUUUUUAUUAAGGCUGCAUAAACCAAGCUUAACAAUUACAUUAAUAUCCAAAGUCAAGAGUCCAAAUCACUUAUUGGGUCAAGGAUCAGGUUAAAUAUGAUAACUAAAAAAUUGUAUAGAUAGGAUGGUUUUAUUCGGUAUACAAAGUAAUAAGUUAUAUUAAUAUAGCAGAUGUAAAUAUUUUUUGAUACAAUUAAAAUAGGGGUUCAGUAGUUAUGUUCUACUCCAUUUUUAAAAUAAUACAUUUAAAUUAGAUCUUGAUGUAGAUUGAAAUAGUAAAGUUAUGUAUAUGUAGUUCGUAAUAAAAAUUUAAUAACAUAUGUAACAGUGUAAAACAUUAAUAUUGACUACAAAAUGCCAUUAAAAUUAACUUUUGAUACAAACGGAGAUCCAGCUAAAGUUGUCUAUAUUACUGCGUAUGAUAUGCCGAUACCAUCAGAAAAAGAGGUACUAAUACAAACAAUUGCAGCACCAGUGAAUCCUGUAGAUAUAAAUGUUGUACAAGGAAAAUACACAUUUAACUUUGAGCAAGUUGGGUUUGAAGGAAUAGGAAGAGUCAUUAAAACUGGUAAAGGAGUUAAGAAUUUUAAAAUUGGUGAUCAUGUCGUGCCUACAGUAUAUGCAGGUACAUGGCGUACUCAUUUCACAUUACUUGAAGACAAUUUGUUGCGAAUCCCAAAAGAUAUGGACAUUGCCUUGGCAGCUACUUUCUAUGUAAAUCCUGUAACUGUAUAUGCAAUGUUGAAGGACUUUAUAAAACUAGAACCUGGAGACACAGUUAUUCAAAAUGGUGCUAAUUCUGCUUGUGGAGUGAUUGUUAUUCAAAUGUGUAAAACUUGGGGUAUAAACACGGUGAAUGUUGUUAGGGACAGACCAAACAUAAACGAGUUGAAACAAUUUUUGAAAGACUUGGGUGCUACUUAUGUGCUUACAGAAAAAGAAAUCAAAGAAACUAAUAUAUUCAAAACAGGACAACUGGAUAUGCCUUCCCUAGGUUUGAAUUGCAUUGGAGGAGAUUUGGCUAACAACAUUCUACGACAUUUGAAAGAUGAAGGAGUGUUAGUGACUUAUGGAGGUAUGUCUUUGGAGCCUAUUAAAGUAUCAACAACAUCAUUAGUUUUCAAAAACAUCAAAAUAGAAGGUUUUAAUGUGACCAGAUGGGUUAAUAAAGAACAGAAUGUUGUUAAGCUUCCUGCCAUUUAUAAAGAUAUAAUUGACAUGAUUAUGAAUGGUGACUUGAAAGCUCCUCCACAUGUAUUUGUAAACUUUAUGGAUUAUAAAAAAGCUUUAAGCAGUGUAUUAACAAAAAAUGGGAUGGUUGGAAGUAAAUAUAUUUUAGAUUUUCGUACUCCACCAAAAAUGUAAGAAGCUUUAAAUACUGAAUGAUUUUAUUUUUUGGAAAUACAUAAUUUUGUUUUUAUAAA